ACACAUGUUAAUACAACAGUUGGAAUACAACCGAGAACCGGCGCACACAUUUUAUGAACAUCUUGGCCAAAUCAAUUGAAUAUAGUUUAACUUACAUAGUUAUCGUCUAAUUUUUUCAAAAUAAUGGAAAAUAAACAACUUACCAAGGCUCAAACUAUUGCUCUACGGAACAAGUAUAUUGGAAAAAACUGUGAGUUAUUUUUCAAACACGAUCCUUUGAAAAUUGUUCGUGGUGAAGGACAAUAUCUAUAUGAUCAAGAUGGACGAAAAUAUUUGGAUUGCAUAAAUAAUGUUGCCCAUGUUGGUCAUUGUCAUCCAAAAGUCGUAAAAGCAGGCGUAGAACAAAUGCAAGCUUUGAAUACAAAUAGCCGAUUUUUACAUGAUAACUUAGUUGUAUGUGCUGAAAAAUUAAUUUCAAAAAUGCCCGAACAACUGUCAGUUUGUUUUUUUGUUAACUCAGGUUCUGAAGCAAAUGAUUUAGCCCUCAGAUUGGCUCGUCAACACACUGGUAAUAGUGAUGUUAUUACACUCGAUCACGCUUAUCAUGGACACCUGACGUCAACAAUCAACAUUUCACCUUACAAACUAAAUUUACCAGGAGCACCAGAAAAACCAGAUUAUGUUCAUGUAGCCCCCGUGCCAGAUACUUACAGGGGUAAAUUGAGAGCUGAUGAACACUUUGACGAAGAUCUAGGGGAGUUAUACGCGUUGGAGGUAAAAAAAAUUAUUGAUGAAGAAGUAAUUGGAAAGAGGGGUCAGAAAAUGUGUGCCUACUACGCAGAAAGCUUACAAAGUUGUGGGGGACAAAUCAUUAUGCCUCCAAAUUAUUUGCGAAACGUAUACAAUUAUGUUCGUGAAGCUGGUGGUGUGUGUAUAGCCGACGAAGUUCAAGUUGGUUUUGGCCGAGCAGGAACGCAUUAUUGGGCUUUUCAAAUUGAUGGACCGGAUGUUAUACCUGAUAUUGUGACAGUAGGCAAACCAAUGGGUAAUGGACACCCUGUAGCUGCCGUUAUAACCACAGAAGAGAUUGCUCAUAGUUUUGCUGCCACCGGCAUUCAAUAUUUUAAUACUUAUGGUGGUAAUCCUGUAUCCUGUGCCAUAUCAAUAGCGGUAAUGGAUGUUAUUGAUGAAGAAAACUUAAUGGAAAACGCUCGAGUUGUCGGCGAUUACUUGUUGGCAGAAGCCAAAAAAUUGAAAGAGUUGUAUCCGGAUAUGAUUGGAGACGUUCGUGGCAUUGGGUUGUUUAUUGGAAUUGAAUUAAUAAGUAAUUCUAAUACUAAGGCUCCGGCGACCGAAGAAGCCAAACAACUUGUUAAUCGUAUGAAAGAUGAAGAAGGAAUAUUAUUGAGUACUGAUGGACCUGACGCAAAUGUGAUAAAAUUAAAACCUCCAAUGGUAUUCAACAUUGCCAAUGCCAACAGGUUCUUAAAAUCAUUUAAGAAAAUAAUUUUAGAAUUGAGAGAUCAAAGAAUGAUGUAAUACUUUUUUGAAAUUUAUUUAACUACUAAUCCAUACAAUAAUUAUCCUUGUUAAGUUAAUUUUAAUAAAAUAUAUUUACUCUUUGUUAAAAA